UGAAGAAGGAGACCAUAUCAUAUCGACUAUGAAGAGAACAAUGGUAGUGGUGGACAGCAAGAGCAAUACUUAAGUGAAAAAACUGUUUUUGUGAUAUCUGAUUUCUAAUUCCUAUAUUUGAAGUUUAGUUUUAGUGACAUGUUUUGCUUAAAGAAAGGAAGCGGAAAGAAAGAUGAAUAAAAAAAUUUAGAGCGUCUAAUUGAUUAUUUCAAUUAAAAAACAACGUCCUCUAAUUGAAGAGCGCGCAGCACAAGCAUCGGAGUAGGACUUGGAGAAAGAGCGAAACAGAGCGAUGAAAAUGUUGCGAUUACUCACUCUUCAACCAUCUUCUUUACUUUUCAAAUUCAAUUUCAACAUGAGUACUCUUGUAAACACGCAGGCGUUCUCCUCCGCCGCGUCACCGCCGUCAAAGGCGAUCGUGUACGAGGCGCAUGGCCAACCUGACGAGGUCACCAAACUGGUGAACAUUCCGGGUGCGGAAUUGAAAGAGAAUGAUGUGUGCGUCAAGAUGCUGGCUGCUCCGAUUAACCCUUCCGACAUUAAUAGGAUACAAGGUGUAUAUCCCGUGAGGCCAGAACCACCUGCUGUUGGUGGUUACGAAGGCGUUGGAGAGGUUUACUCCGUUGGCUCCGCCGUAACGUCUUUCUCUCCAGGCGAUUGGGCUAUUCCCUCUCCACCUUCUUUUGGGACAUGGCAGACAUACAUUGUGAAGGAUCAAAAUGUGUGGCACAAGGUAAACAAGGGUGUGCCUAUGGAAUAUGCUGCUACAAUUACUGUUAAUCCUCUCACUGCUCUUCUCAUGCUUGAAGAAUGCAUUACUUUGAACUCAGGAGAUGCUAUUGUACAAAAUGGGGCAACCAGCAUGGUUGGCCAGUGUGUCAUUCAGCUUGCAAAAUCUCGUGGUAUUCACAGCAUUAAUAUUAUACGGGACAGUCCUGGGGUUGAUGAAGUUAAAGAAAGACUUAAAGAUUUGGGCGCAGAUGAAGUUUUCACUGAAAAUGAAUUGGAAGGGAAAAAUGUCAAGAGUCUUCUGGGUGGUAUACCUGAACCUGCACUGGGAUUUAACUGCGUUGGCGGCAAUUCUGCUUCUAUGGUUCUCAAAUUUUUAAGACAGAGAGGAACUAUGGUGACAUAUGGUGGAAUGUCUAAAAAACCUGUCACUGUAUCUACUUCAUCCUUCAUAUUUAAGGACCUUUCCUUGAGAGGUUUCUGGUUGCAAAAUUGGAUAAGCACAGAUAAAGCUGAAGAGAGCAGAAGAAUGAUAGACAGGCUUUUGGGUCUUGUACAAGAUGGAAAGUUAAAAUAUAAGAUGGAAUUGACUCCCUUUAACGAUUUCAAUACAGCAUUAGAUAAAGCUCUAGGAAAACUUGGUAGCCAGCCCAAGCAAGUUAUCAAAUUCUAAAUCGAAACGUGGGAUUGGAUUUAAGGCGUGUGGUUGAUAUUAAUUUUUGCGAGGAAGGAGUUCUGCAUUCUAUCUCGCUAUUAAGUACACACUUGUAGGAAUCUCGAGCGUACAGUUAGGAAUAACAAUUGAAUUCAUACUUGAUGGUUACUUCCGAAAAAUACUUAUGAUAGGAUAAUUACUUUAAGCUUCAUAGAGUUUCAUGAGUUGUUUUUUAAGUUUUCAUAUAUCUAGCCAACAUCUCAAGACUACAAAAAGCUUUAAUGUUAUAAAAGCAAUUGUUCACUUGUUUCAACAAAAAAAAGAAGCUAUUGUACACUUGUUUUGCUAAUAGGGUGAGAAUAGAGAACUCGUCAUUGUUGUGGUGUUCCACAAAUUUACACUAUAUAUAGGUUAAUAUCUUUUAA